AAGAUACCAAAUAGUCAGAGUCAGACUCAGAGAACACAGAAAAGGAAGAGGCUGUGAUAUAUUUAAACGUCAUCGUUUCAGGGACCGAAUCCAAUUCCUAUAUAAUGUAAAAGAUAUACGUGUGCUUUUGUUUGAAAGAAAAGCACAUACACACCAUGUUCUUGAGUUAAAACUUUUCUCCUGCUUUACAGAAGUCAAAGCACAAAAAAGAAGCAAAAAUGGAGAAUCUACCUCCUGGUUACCGUCCCAAUGUUGGUGUAUGUCUAAUCAAUUCGGAUAAUCUGGUAUUUGUAGCUUCAAGAUUGAAUGUUCCUGGAGCAUGGCAGAUGCCACAGGGAGGCAUUGAAGAUGGAGAGGAUCCAAAGUCAGCAGCCAUGAGAGAGUUACAAGAAGAAACCGGGGUCGUUUCAGCCGCAAUCAUUGCUGAGGUUCCAAAUUGGUUGACAUAUGAUUUCCCACCUGCAGUGAAGGCAAAGGUUAACCGUCUCUGGGGUGGUGAAUGGCAUGGUCAAGCGCAGAAAUGGUUCCUAGUGAGACUGAUUAAGGAUGAGGACGAAAGAGAGAUCAAUCUAGCAAACAACGAAGCGGAUUCAGAGUUUUCGGAGUGGAAAUGGGCGAGACCUGAAGAAGUGGUAGAGCAAGCAGUUGAUUACAAAAGGCCAACCUACGAACAAGUCAUCAAGACUUUUGGUUCUUACUUGAAUGAUCCAGGAAGAGCUGCUAAAUGUAAAUCAGCCAAGUGGUAAUAAGAAAACCUAAGAUCAAUGUUGGUCUUUUUAUAAACUUUAUAUUUAUAUUUAGGGUUCCUUUUAGUGGAACCCUUUUGGAAUGAAAAGGUUUGCUUAGGUGUUUUUUGUGUUCAUUUUUGUAAAUUGGUUAUUGGUACUAGAAGGUUUUGGUUUAACUUCGGGGUUAUUGUAAUAAAAGUCUUUGUUUGGAUUCAAAAAGGAAUGACUUGUAUUUGUGUUAA